AUGUUCAACCGCGCUCUUCUCACCUUGUCUAAGAAUCAAACUGUCUUCCGCCGUGCUCUCCACAAGGGAGUUGAUUCGACCCCACCACUUCGUUACACUUCCGUCGGAGAGAAGGUUGCGUUGUACAGUCUUAUCUCCGUUGCUCUUCUCUCGUACCCCACGUCCGUCCUCUUCAGACUUGAUAACCUUCGCCCAAGACCAGAUAAUGCCUUGGCUCCAGAGGUUCAGGAAGAGAUCAACGCUAAAGCUGCCGCUCGCCGACACUAG